AUGGCCAGAGACUGUCUCUUUCUCUUUCAAUUUUGCAACAUGGGUCGUCGGGACAAGUCCUGCAGUCCUGCUUUGAGGCAACGCUUAGCUACAGAGUGUUGGCUCGCCAAACCAGGAAUUCGAGACAGCCAAAACGCGAAGGCACGUCUUCGAGUGGCUCGUAACAGGGCAAAAAAAUUGCAAAUGCAACCUUCCGCAGAGCAAAAUCCGUGCAUUCCUGGCACUGGAUCCCCCCCACUCGAUUGCGAUAACAUUUCGCAUGAUUCCCGGUCAGAUUGUGAAGAUGAUCAGUCUUAUGAUUUCCCUUACAACACUGAACAACAACCCGUCGCUGCCAUCGCUUCCCCCCCACUCAACAAUUUCUCUUACGACGCUGAAACCUCAUUCGACGAUUUCUCUUACGAGGGCAAUGACUCUGUGCUCACCAUGGACAACGACCUUCCUUGUUCUUGUGACGUUCCCACACUGCAAACAAUAGAGAACACUGUCAGACAAUGGCAGAAAGAGUGGGAAUCAGAGAGUGCGUGGAAUGAGGCAUUCGACGAUGAACUUGGGCGUGCUCGCAUAGAGGGGGAACACGCCACCACCACAUUCCUUGACGAGUGCGCACAACAUAUUAUAGAUGGGAAGGAGCUACUCGAGAGCAUCCAUGAUGUCGUGCGCACACAUUGCCCAUACUGCAGGGAGCAGCUUAAGUAUGAUGGUAUCUUACUAUAUGAUUUACUCGUUUGUGUCGUGUCACAAGUCAAAUUUUUGAGGUAA